AUAUCAAUUUUAUCGAAAUGACUUCGAUUAUUUCUGCUGGAUAGUAGAUACAUAAUUGCUUGUGGGCUUGAUUAUUUUAUUAUAAUUUUAUAGAUUGAAACGGAUGUUAUCAAAUAAUUGCUAUAGGGAUGAAUCGUAGAGGUUUAAAUACUGGAAACACGAUGUCUUCUCAGGCCAACAUUGAUGAAGGCAGUUGGAAAGGUGUUUCAGAAGGCUCAGCUAUGUUGCCUUCCACAAACGCAUCAGCUCUAAACCCGGACGCCAGCAAUCAGAGCGGAUUUCCCCAGGGAGGACUACCAUAUAAUUCCAGCGGCAAUCAAUAUCCACAAGGUGGACAAUCUUCACCAGCUGGCAAUCAAUCGUUGGUAUUUCAAAAUUCUAAUCAACCCGGAUCAAAUACUCCGCAAUACACUUCAUCUCCGGCCCCCUCGGGGUCAUCAACCCCUGGUCCAGUUGGAGUCGGCUCGCAAAAUAUACAGGGAAACUACUCACAAUCAUCGACCGCGGCAAAUUUCAAUGGGCCUGUUGGCGGACCAUUUGGAUCACCAUCAUCUGGCCUGGGACAAUUCAGUCGGCCAGCGAGUUCAGGUACACCAUUUAAUAGUGGGCAAGCUGGACAUUUUUCGUCACCAACAGUUUUUGGUGUUGGUGGCCAAUUUAAUCCAAUGCCACCAGCAUCACCGUUCGGCCAUGGUGGCAAUCAUCCCAUGAUGGGCGGCCCUCAACAAAUGGAUCGCAUUGAUCAAGGCUUUCGAAGACAUAAUUCAUACUUUAGUCAUACGGAGCAUAGAGUGUUUGAGUUAAACAAGCGACUGCAGCAACGAAACGAAGACAGCGACAAUUGUUGGUGGGAUUCAUUUACAACUGAGUUCUUUGAGGAUGAUGCCAGAUUAACCAUCUUGUUUUGCUUGGAAGACGGCCCCAAACGAUAUACGAUUGGACGCACACUUGUUCCACGGUUUUUUCGCAGUAUUUUUGAGGGCGGCGUCUCCGAUCUGUACUUUCAGCUGAAACACGCGAAGGAAUCUUUCCACAACACAUCCAUAACACUGGACUGCGAUCAGUGCACAGUGAUUACGCAUCAUAAAAAACCUUGCUUUACAAAAGUAUGCGCAGAUGCCCGAUUAAUUCUUGAGUUUAUGUAUGAUGAUUACAUGCGCAUUAAAUCGUGGCACAUGACUAUUAAGGGACAUAGUGAACUGAUUCCUCGGUCCUUCAUUGGAACGUCACAUCCUGAUCCCAUACUCAUGGAUCAAAUCACAAAGAACAUUACUCGAGCGGGCAUAACCAAUUCCACUUUAAAUUACCUUCGAUUGUGCGUUAUCCUGGAGCCGAUGCAGGAGCUCAUGUCGCGUCACAAGGCCUAUGCUCUGAGUCCUCGUGAUUGUUUGAAGACCACGCUCUUUCAGAAAUGGCAACGAAUGGUCGCACCACCCGGAAAAAAGGAUCCCCAAAGGCCGCCGAACAAGCGUCGCAAAAGAAAAGGCUCAAACUCCGGAGGCGGCAAUAACUCAAAUACCCCGCCUGUCGCAAACCAGAAAAGGUCCCCAUCAGGACCCAGUUUCUCGCUCUCAUCGCAAGAUGUAAUGGUUGUUGGCGAGCCCACAUUGAUGGGCGGUGAAUUUGGCGAGGAAGACGAGAGGUUGAUAACCCGAUUGGAGAAUACGCAAUAUGAUGGCACUAAUGCUGUCGAUCACGACAACCAUACUGGAUUCGGACACGCGGAUUCGCCCAUUUCUAGCUCGAAUCCAUGGACAAUGGAGCGAGGUGGCAACAUUCCAGCUAGUCCUGGAAAUCCAUCUGGACCACAGAACAAUGCAAAUAUAGCGGAUAUCGAUAAAAAGAGCCCAAUUGUAUCGCAAUAGAAACAAAUUCAGAACAGAAGAACAGACACAGACCUAAAUGAUAAUUUCAUUUUUCGAUAUAUAGUACAUACAUACGGUGAAAUGUAUUUUCAUACUUGCAUGUAAAAAUCUAUAUUUAAAUAAAGUUUCGCAGCUUUAGGAGAUGUAAAUAAGAAUAUUAAUUAAACAAUUAUAUAUGUAUCAAUGUAAUUUCAAAACUUUAUAUAAUAUUAUAUGGAAGCAACCAACAAA